AUGGAAAACUCCACUUGCUUUGUAAACCUUUUAGCUAGCCAAGGGUGUGUUGAGCUUGACUCAUCGGAACCCCUUUGUUCCGAUGAGUCUACUGUCAAAGAGAGGAAGAAAUGGACACCAAAGGAGGAUAUAAUCCUCAUUGGUGCUUGGCUCAACACCAGCAAAGACCCUAUAGUCGGGAAUGAACAAAAAGCUGGUAAGUUCUGGCAGAGGAUUGUAGAGUACUACAACUGCAGUCCUCAGCUGGUUGGGACAACCCCAAGAGAACUUGGGCAAUGCAAGCAAAGAUGGGCUAGGAUCAAUGAUUUGGUGUGUAAAUUUUCGGGCUGCUACGAGAUGGCAUUGAGGGAGCAGAGAAGCGGGCAAAAUGACAACGAUGUGAUGAAGGCUGCUUUGGAUAUCUUCUACAAUGAUCACGGCAGUAAGUUCAACUUGGAACAUGCGUGGAGGGAGCUUCGACAUGAUGUGAAAUGGUGCUCCACCUAUCUCGAGAAGGAGAGCGGUCGGGAGAAGCGCAAAGCAGUUGCUUCUGAUGCUCAAGGGUCAUUCGCGGAGCCAGAAGAAAGACCCAUAGGAGUUAAGGCAGCUAAGGCUGGUAGCAAGAAGAAGAAAAGUGGAAAAGAAGAAGAAUUGGGAAAGAUAGAAGGACUGUUGGCGCUCAAAAAAGAAAUCUCUAGACAGAAUGUGCUAGAGAGUUUACUUGCAAAGACUGAGCCACUAGAUGACAUGGAAUUAGCUCUGAAAAUGAAACUUAUGUCUGAAAUGAUGUGA